CAUUUUAAUUAUAAACACAGCCAAAUAAACAAAAACCAAAACCAAACCCCACAAAGCUAGGCUAUAGCUUUUUGUGGAUUUAUUCAACUUUUCUCCCUUUUUACAUAAAUUAUAAUGGCUUCCACUCCUUCCUUUAAGAGGUCUGAUACCAUCGCUGAUAGCAUGCCUGAUGCUAUGAAGCAGAGCCGUUAUUAUAUGAAGAAAUGUUUUACCAGGUUUGUUGCACAAGGGAAAAGGUUAAUGAAAGCACAAAAUAUUAUGGGAGAGGUGGACCAAUCUAUACCAGACGUCCAAGAAAGGAGCAAAGUUCUGGAAGGCUUGCUUGGCUACAUCCUCACUUCUACCCAAGAGGCAGCUGUGGUGCCACCUUCUGUUGCUAUGGCCAUAAGACCGAAUCCUGGUUACUGGGAAUAUGUGAAGAUCAAUGCUGAUGAUCUCACUGUAGAUGGAAUUUCUGCAUCGGAGUUCUUGAAGUACAAAGAGUUGAUUUUCGACGAGGACUGGGCCAAUGAUGAAAAUGCCGUAGAAAUAGAUUUUGGAGGAAUAGAUUUCUUAAGUCCUCGCGCAACUCUUCCUUCUUCCAUUGGAGAUGGAGUCAGCUUCAUCUCAAAGCACAUGUCCACAAGCCUCAGUGGCUUCACUGGCAAUGCAAAGCACUUGGUUGAUUACUUACAAUCUCUCACUCAUCGAGGAGAGAAGCUGAUGAUCGAUGAGACACUGGACACAGUUGAAUGUCUUCAAGGUGCCUUGAUUGUUGGUGAAAGUUUCGUCUCCACACUCCCAAAGAACACGCCAUAUCACAAUUUUGAGCUGAGGUUGAAAGAGUUGGGAUUUGAGAAGGGAUGGGGAGACACAGCAGAGAGAGUUAGAGAGACAAUGAAGACAGUUUCUGAGGUACUCCAAGCACCAGAUCCAAAAAACUUGGAGUUGAUAUUCACCAGGCUACCAGCCAUUUUCAACAUUGUCAUCUUUUCUCCUCAUGGUUACUUUGGCCAGUCUGAUGUCCUUGGAUUGCCUGAUACCGGUGGCCAGGUGGUGUACAUUCUUGACCAAGUGAGAGCCCUGGAAGAAGAGAUUUUACUCAGAAUCAAGCAACAAGGCCUUGUGUUUAAGCCUAGAAUUAUUGUCGUUACAAGGCUGAUACCAGAUGCUAAAGGGACAAAGUGCAACCAAGAGAUGGAGCCUAUUAUCAACACCAAGCACAGCCAUAUAGUUAGAGUCCCAUUCAGGACAGAGCAAGGAGUUCUUCGCCAAUGGGUUUCGCGAUUCGACAUCUACCCUUACCUUGAGAGGUUUUCUCAGGAUGCAACUGCAAAGGUUCUUCAACUCAUGGAUGGAAAACCAGACCUCAUAAUAGGAAACUACACAGAUGGAAAUCUGGUUGCAUCUUUGAUGGCCAACAAACUAGGAAUAACUCAGGGAACUAUUGCUCAUGCUCUAGAGAAAACCAAGUACGAAGAUUCAGAUGCGAAAUGGAAGGAAUUGGAUCCCAAGUACCAUUUUUCAUGUCAGUUCACAGCUGAUAUGAUCUCAAUGAACUCAACUGAUUUCAUCAUAACAAGUACAUACCAAGAAAUUGCAGGAAGCAAGAGCCGGCCUGGACAGUAUGAAAGCCACACAGUGUUUACCAUGCCUGGACUUUGCCGAGUAGUCUCUGGCAUCAAUGUCUUCGAGCCCAAAUUCAACAUUGCUGCUCCUGGAGCUGACCAAACUGUCUACUUUCCCCACACAGAGAAACAAAAGCGUUUUACUACCUUCAAACCUGCCAUUGAAGAGUUGCUUUUCAACAAGGAGGAUAGCAAUGAGCAUUUAGGAUACUUGGCAGACAAGAAGAAACCAAUAAUCUUUUCCAUGGCAAGACUUGACACAGUCAAGAACAUAAGUGGUCUGACUGAGUGGUAUGGAAAGAGCAAGAAGCUGAGAGAUUUAGUGAAUCUGGUGGUUGUGGCAGGGUUCUUUGAUCCAUCAAAAUCAAAAGACAGAGAAGAAAUUGCUGAGAUAAAGAAGAUGCAUUCUUUGAUAGAGCAGUAUCAACUCAAGGGCCAGAUUAGAUGGAUUGCUGCACAAACAGAUAGGUACAGAAACUCGGAGCUGUACCGCUAUAUUGCGGAUACUAAGGGUGCUUUUGUGCAGCCUGCUCUCUAUGAAGCAUUUGGUCUAACUGUCAUUGAGGCCAUGAACUGUGGAUUGCCAACUUUCGCAACGAAUCAAGGCGGCCCUGCUGAGAUUAUUGUUGAUGGUGUCUCAGGAUUUCAUAUUGACCCCAACAAUGGAACUGAAUCUAGUAACAAGAUUGCUGAAUUUUUUGAAAAGUGCAAGGCGGAAUCUGAUUAUUGGAACAAUGUGUCAGUGGCUGGUCUUCAGAGGAUAAAUGAAUGCUAUACAUGGAAAAUUUAUGCCAACAAAUUGUUGAACAUGGGAGCCACCUAUGGAUUUUGGAGGAAAAUGAGUAAAGAACAGAAGCUAGCUAAGCAAAGAUACAUUCACAUGCUCUAUAGCCUUCAAUUCAGGAAUUUAGUUAAGAAUAUUCAAAUCCCAUUUGAAGAGCCUCUACCGCCAAGCCAUGAAGAGCCUGAACAACCAACACCAGCUGUGACUUCUACAACCGGAAUAACUCCAGUGGCGCCGAGCGCACCAGAGGAGCAGCCUGGUGGCGAACAAUUCAGCGGUGUCUGUGGUAUUUGGAACCGUUGGUGGUGCUUUAUGGUUGGCUCUGCGGUAAUGAUAUAUUACAUGCUCAAGAAGGUGUUUAAUAAGCCUCAUGCAGAAUGAUUAGGCCAACUCAAUCACCAUCUUAAUCAUAUGCAUAUAUUAUUGCUCCAUUUUUUUAUUGAUCAAAAUCAAACACAAUAAAGAGGCAGCAGAAGAGAUUUUCUGGCGGCUUUUAGUGCCAUUUAUGCUCAAAUAAUUCACCGGUGGUCAUAUCACACUAAUUGAAAAGAUGACAUUGUUUCAAGAUUAACUUUCAUGUAAUCUUCAAAUACUACGUUUGUACAUUUGUGUUCUUGUUCUUAGGUUUUCAAUAAUUGAAAUGUAUUAUAUGUACAUCGAUGUAUUAUAAGACUUUCAUAUAUACUCAAUUACAAUCAAGUGAACUUCUUUCUCUCUUGUCA